AUGUCGGCCACUUUAAAAGAUUAUUUGUUUAGCCCGCGCAAUGGGUUCGAUGCAAAAUCGCUUGCUAUUCAGCUGCCAGCAUCUUCCAACCGUCCGGCAGAAAUCAGCUACGAACAGCUCCAGUCGCUUAUCCGGCAGCUGGAGCAGCAAUUGGCGUCGCUCCAAUUGCCGAAAGGCGCCGUUGUCAGCAGCAGCCUGGUUAACAAUGCCGAGUUUGUCACCUUGUUUCUGGCCACUGCGCAGCAAGGUUUCAUUGCAGCGCCGCUCAACCCGAACUACAAGGAGGCUGAGGUAGAGUUUUACCUGGACGACACCAAGUCCCAGUUGCUUGUGGUGCCUGUCGGGACAUUGCAAGGCAAGGGUGCCUCUGAAGGCGCUCUUGCCGCCGCUGCAGCUGCGAAGAAGCUCGGUGUUCGUACAGUCGAGGUUGUGCUGGACGUGGAGCGUAUGCAGAUCAAGCUGUGUGAUACGAACGGUGAUUUGCCAAAAGGCACACCGCAAAGCUCAGUACCUGACGACGUUGCACUAGUGCUGCACACAUCUGGUACCACAGGACGCCCCAAGGCAGUACCACUUACACAAAAGAAUCUUUGCGCCACGAUGCACAACAUCCAGGACUCGUACGCACUCACACAGAAAGACAAGACAUUUUUGGUGAUGCCGCUUUUUCAUGUGCAUGGGCUUGUCUGUGGCCUGCUGUCGUCCCUUCAUGCCGGUGGUGCGGUGGUAAUUCCACCACGGUUCAGUGCGGCUAGCUUCUGGAAUGAGUUUGUGGACACGCAUGCGAAUUGGUACACGGCUGUGCCGACGAUUCACCAGAUUCUGCUUUCCACGCCAAAGCCAGACCCCAUGCCGACGCUGCGGUUUAUUCGCUCUUGUUCGAGCUCACUCUCUCCGUCGACUUUCCAUGCAUUGGAAGACGCGUUUGGUACGCCGGUCCUUGAGGCGUAUGCAAUGACGGAAGCAGCGCACCAAAUGACGACAAAUUUUUUGCCGCCCGGCAAGCGCAAGCCCGGCACCGUCGGCCUUGGUGCUGGUGUCGAGGUCAAGAUUCUGGACGAUCAUGGCGUAGAGUUGCCCGUCGGUGAGAACGGCGAGGUCUGUGUGCGUGGUCCAAACGUCACAAAGGGUUACUUGAACAACGAAAAGGCGAACCGCGAUAGCUUUUUCCGAACAGCGUACAAUAACUGUCCACCGGAAUCGGAUGGAUUUUUACGCACGGGUGACCAAGGCCGCAAGGAUGAGGAUGACAACCUAGUGCUGACCGGCCGUAUUAAGGAAUUGAUCAACCGCUCCGGCGAAAAAAUCAGCCCGCUCGAAAUCGACUCGGCCAUGCUCAUGAUUUCCGGGAUCCAGGAGGCAGUUUCAUUUGCAAUUCCCGACGAAAUGUACGGAGAAAAGGUGGGUGCCGUCGUCGUGCCGGAGCACGGAGCCGACGUGAAUCAGAAAUCAAUUCAAGAUGCGCUUUCCGACAAGUUGAUCAAGUUCAAGAUUCCCGAGAAGAUUUGGAUUACGGAUGCGAUCCCAAAGACCGCCACGGGCAAAAUCCAACGCCGCAACGUAGCCAAGGCAUUUGUAGACCCGUAG